GCUUUGUCUGCUGAUGGCGGUGCUCUCGCCGCGAUCCGCGAGACGAGACGACGGCUUUUUCUCAUCAGUGCGCCGCCAUAUUGUUAUUUUGUUUGCGGAAAGCCGCUUCGGCUCGUUGCAGCGCAGUUUUUUCGGUGAAAUUUUCGGGCCGUUUUGUGAAAUCUAGUGCGGGAAUUUUGCGCCACAAGGCAACCGGAAGUGCUCUCGCGUCGGAAAUCACUGGAUGCGCCAGUUGAAUCGCGUCCAAAAUGUCGAAUAUCGUGCUGGAUAAGGAUUCCUUCUAUCGGCGGAUAAAGCGCCUCUACGCGAAUUGGAAGGAGCCGGAAUUUUCCCACGACGACUCGCUCCAAAAGGUGGACUGCAUUGUGACGGCGGUGGGUGUCGACGAGGAGACCAUCUACAGCAAGUCCACCUCGCUCCAGACUUGGCUGCUGGGGUACGAGCUGACCGAUACGAUUACGGUACUCUGUGAGGAUUCGAUCUAUUUCCUGACUAGCAAGAAAAAGAUCGACUUCCUGAAGCAGAUAGAGAAGGAUGCCGAGGAGGGUGUUCCGACGGUGAAGUUGCUGGUUCGCGAUAAGACCGACAAGGACAAGGCCAACUUCGAGAAGCUGCUGGAGGCCAUCAAGGGUUCCAAGAAUGGCAAAACCCUGGGUGUAUUCAGCAAGGACAACUUCCCGGGCGAGUUCUGCGAAGCGUGGCGGGCCUUCAUCAAGGACAAAAGCUUCGAAUCGGUCGACAUCAGCAUCCCGAUUGGGUACGUCAUGUGCGCCAAGGAGGACUCCGAGGUCAUCACCAUCAAGAAGGCCUGCCUGGUGACGGUGGACGUGUUCAACAAGUACCUCAAGGACCACAUCAUGGAGAUCAUCGAUGCGGAUAAGAAAGUGAAACAUGCCAAACUGUCGGAAGGUGUCGAGCAGGCCCUGACGGAUAAGAAGUAUGUCACCGGCGUGGAUACCAACCAGCUGGACAUGUGCUAUCCGGCCAUUAUCCAGUCGGGUGGAAAUUAUAGCUUGAAAUUCAGUGCAUUCAGCGACAAGAACUAUCUGCACUUUGGGUCGAUUAUCUGCGCCCUGGGAGCUCGGUAUAAAUCGUAUUGCUCGAACAUCGUCCGGACGUUGCUGGUCAAUCCGACGGAGACGAUUCAGAAGCACUACACCUUCCUGCUGAAUCUGGAGGAGGAGCUGUUGAAGGUGAUGGUGCCGGGAAAGAAACUGUCGGAUGUUUUCGACGUCGGCAUGAGCUACGCCAAGAAGGAGGAACCCAAACUGGUGGACAAGCUGACCAAGACGUUCGGGUUCGCGAUUGGGCUGGAGUUCCGAGAGAACUCGAUGAUCAUUGGUCCAAAGUGUGCAGCCGUGCUGAAGAAGGGAAUGGUCUUCAGCGUGAACGUGGGGCUUUCCGGCUUGGAGAACAAGGAGGCGUCGGAGAAGGAAUCGAAGGUUUACGCACUGUUCGUCGGGGACACUGUGCUGGUCAACGAUGAACCUCCGGCGAGCGUUCUGACUCAGUCCAAGAAGAAGAUUAAGAACAUCGGUAUUUUCCUCAAGGAUGAUGAAGAGGAUGACGAGGAAGAGGAGGAGGAGAAGACGGAAAAACGUCCGGAGAUCCUGGGACGCAGUGGCAAACGUUCAACGGUGCUGGAGAGCAAGCUCCGUAAUGAGCAGAACUCCGAGGAGAAACGUAAGCAACAUCAGAAGGAAUUGGCCAUUGCUCUGAACGAGAAGGCAAAGGAACGGCUGGCCAAACAGGGUGGCGGCAAGGAGACGGAAAAGAUCCGGAAAUCUACUAUUUCCUACAAGGGUGUGAAUCAGAUGCCAAGGGAGCCGGAGGUAAAGGAACUGAAGCUGUUUGUCGAUCGCAAAUAUGAAACGGUCAUCAUGCCUAUCUUUGGCGUUCCGGUUCCGUUCCACAUUUCUACCAUCAAGAACAUCUCCCAGUCGGUGGAAGGUGACUACACAUAUUUGCGUAUCAAUUUCUUUCAUCCGGGAGCGACGAUGGGCCGCAACGAAGGUGGAAUGUAUCCCAAUCCGGAUGCGACUUUCGUCAAGGAAGUAACUUACCGUUCGACCAACACCAAGGAACCCGGUGAGAUCGCUGCCCCAUCCUCCAACUUGAACACCGCCUUCCGGUUGAUCAAGGAAGUGCAGAAGCGAUUCAAGACGCGCGAAGCCGAAGAACGUGAAAAGGAAGAUUUGGUCAAGCAGGAUACGCUGGUCCUCUCGCAGAACAAGGGUAACCCGAAGCUCAAGGAUCUGUACAUCCGGCCGAACAUCGUGAGCAAACGUAUGACCGGUUCGUUGGAAGCUCAUUCCAACGGUUUCCGGUACACGUCCGUCCGGGGCGACAAGGUAGACAUUCUGUACAACAACAUCAAGAGCUCGUUCUUCCAACCGUGCGACGGUGAAAUGAUCAUCCUGCUGCACUUCCAUCUGAGGCAUGCGAUCCUCUUCGGCAAGAAGAAGCACCUGGACGUGCAGUUCUACACCGAGGUCGGUGAGAUCACGACCGAUCUGGGCAAGCACCAGCACAUGCACGAUCGUGACGAUCUGGCGGCGGAACAGGCCGAACGAGAACUCCGUCACAAGCUGAAAACGGCCUUCAAGAGUUUCUGCGAGAAGGUGGAAGCGAUGACCAAGCAGCAGAUCGAGUUCGAUACGCCCUUCCGGGAUCUGGGCUUUCCCGGUGCUCCGUUCCGUAGUACAGUAUUAUUGCAGCCCACGUCCGGCUCGUUAGUGAAUCUGACCGAGUGGCCGCCAUUUGUCAUUCCGCUGGAGGACGUCGAAUUGGUGCACUUUGAACGUGUCCAGUUCCAUCUGCGGAACUUCGAUAUGGUGUUCGUGUUCAAGAACUACAACCAGAAGAUCGCGAUGGUGAACGCCGUACCGAUGAACAUGCUCGAUCACGUCAAGGAGUGGCUUAACUCCUGUGACAUCCGGUACUCCGAAGGUAUUCAAUCGCUGAACUGGGCCAAGAUUAUGAAAACCAUCACGGACGAUCCUGAGGGCUUCUUCGACAACGGCGGCUGGACAUUCUUGGAUCCCGAAUCGGACGGCGAAGGCGAACCCAACGACGAUACCGAGGACGAAGAGGAUGACGCGUACGAACCGACCGACGACGACGAUGAGGAUGAAUCCGACUCGGAGGACUACUCGGAAGCGUCCGAGGAGGACGAUACUGGCAGUGAUGAAGACUUGGGAUCGGAUGAAGAGUCUGGCAAGGAUUGGUCCGAUCUGGAACGAGAAGCUGCCGAGGAGGAUCGCAACCGCGACAAGGAUGAUUACGUGGAAGAUAGACAUUCGUCAAAGAAACGGUCCCAUCAUAGACGAGAUCGAGGUAUGCAGGAAACAUCCUCGGUCAAGAAGAAGCGGCCGGAUGGGCACAGUUCGUCCAAGAGCAGCAGCCGCGACAAGAACCACAAGGACAAACACAACGACAAGCACAGCAGCAAGGAUAAGCACCGCAGCAGCAGCGGAAGCAGUAAGCACCACAGCAGCAGCCACAGUGACAAACACAAGAGCAGUAGCAGCAGCAGUAGUCAUAAACGAUCGCGCGACGAAAGCAGGGACAGCUCGCACCAUCACAAGAGCAAAAAGUCCAAGAAGUAAACUGGAGGAAGUGACGCAUGGCAUGGCUUCUUCCGGUCGCGGGUCCGUUCCUGAAGGAUGACAAUCGCUCAGCGGUAGUAGUAGUAGCAGGAGCAGUCAUCACCUAUUGUAAUUCUGUUUCGAACCCCCUUCAGUUUAUUACCUACGAGUUAAUCCGGAAUCUGGUGUGCGGUGACUGAGAGGUUCAGAGAACUUCCGCAUCGCUCAUCAACCAAUCUUACCUACUCAAAGACUCUCAUGUUUUCGUUUUCAGUAUGCUCUUUUUGCUCCUAGGGCAGAAGGUCACACACACACGCACCUACAUACUGCAAUAGUUCUACUAUUGAUGGCCUUCUGUGAACACAAAUAUUAGGAUUCUGUGUAGUUGUUUCUUUUAAGUUUUGUUUAGAAACUUGUAUGUUAAGCCCAUUAAGUGUACGUUUAUGAAAAACAGACUAUCAAAACAAAUACAUUCGAAUCAGUUGGUACAAUA